AUGGGUCAUGGCCGGAAGGAAUCACUUUGUGAGGUUGAGGAUCGUGUCGCUGCAGCAAUAACGAAUUAUAAAGCGUCCAAUUUCAAAAAUAUACGAGAUGCUGCUACUGCUUAUGACCUUAUCUACAGCAAACUACGGAAUAGGUUGGCCGGCAUAGAGGCAAAGGGAGCUGCACAGGUGGAUCAGCAACUACUAACACCUUGGGAGGAGAAGGCGAUUGUGAGGUGGAUAUUGCAGUUAGAUGAUUGGGGGUUCCCGCCUAGAAUGAAAUAUGUAAAGGAUAUGGCCACUAGCUUUUUAGGUCCAAGAAAAAACCUCAACCUAUAA